UGGGGCGGGCGGGGGCCCGGGGGGGCCCGGGGAGCUGCACCCCCGUACCGGGAAGCUGGUGUCGUUGUCUCAGGGGGGUCGGAGCGCGGCCCGGGCCCAGCCGGGUCAGGAGUUUAAUCACGGGCUGGUGUUGAGUCGCGAUCCGCUGCGACCCGGCCGCGUCUUCACCGUCCGCAUCGACAGGAAGGUGAACUCCUGGAGCGGCUCCAUCGAGGUGGGGGUGACGGCUCUGGAUCCGGCUGAACUGGAUUUUCCCAGUAGCGCCACCGGUCUCCGGGGGGGGUUCCUGGGUCGUGUCCGGCUGUUCCGUUCUUCGGGACGGAAGAUCUUUACGGGAAGAUUUUGGGCCGGAUUUAGACGCUUUAGGGGAAGGAGAUCGAGUCGGGGUUCAAGCCACCCCAGGGGGGGAAUUACGGCUUUGGGUAAACGGGCGGGACUGGGGGGUCGCGGCUGCCGGGUUGCCCCCCCGCGUUUGGGCCGUGGUGGAUCUCUAUGGGAAAUGUACCCAGGUUACCGUCGUCCCCCCUGAGGUGGCUGGACCCCCCCCGGCCCCCCCUUUACCGCCGGUACCCACCCCCCUGCCGGCGCUGCCCCCCGCCCCGGCCCCGCCCCGGGCCCAGCCCCGCCCUGACAAGUUCCCAGACAGCCUCGACCCCCCCCGAGGGUGGUGCGGCAUGGGCGGGGCCAGGGGCUCCGCUGUCCAAUGAGGCGUUGCUGUUCCACGAGAAGUGCGGGGCGCUCAUCAAACUGAGCAACGGGCACAAGACAGCCGAGCGCCGGCGGCCCCUCGACGAGUUCAACAACGGCGUCGUCCUCACCAACCGGCCCCUGCGUGACGGCGAGAUGUUCGAGAUCCGUAUCGACAAACUGGUGGACAAAUGGUCUGGUUCCAUCGAGAUCGGGGUGACGGCGCACAACCCCAACAGCCUCGAGUACCCCGCCACCAUGACCAACCUCCGCUCCGGUACCAUCAUGAUGAGCGGCUGUGGGAUCCUGACCAACGGGAAGGGGACGCGGCGCGAGUACUGCGAGUUCAGCCUCGACGAGCUGCAGGAAGGGGACCACAUCGGGCUGACGAGGAAAGCCAACAACGCCCUCCACUUCUACAUCAACGGCAUUGACCAAGGGGUGGCAACGACGUUGACGCCGCUGGUGGUCUAUGGGGUGGUGGACCUCUACGGGAUGGCGGUGAAGGUGACCAUCGUCCACAACCACAACCACAGCGACCGCCUGCGGCGCAACAAUGCCAUCCUGCGAGCGUUGUCACCCGAGGGUGGCCGGCGUCCCCUCACGUCCCCCCAGCCCCCUGCUGGGCCCCCCGCCGGGCCCCCACCGCCCCCUCGUCUCCUCUUCCACCCCAACUGCGGGCAGAAGGCGGCCAUCGUCAACGAGGGGCGCACGGCUCUGCGGCCACACGCGACAGAUGACUUCAACCACGGGGUGGUGCUGAGUGCCCGGGCGCUGCGGGACAACGAGCUCUUCCAGGUCCGCAUCGACAAGAUGGUGGACAAGUGGGCCGGGUCCAUCGAGAUCGGGGUGACCACGCACAACCCUGCCUACCUCCAGCUGCCCUCCACCAUGACCAACCUGCGCUCAGGCACCUGGAUGAUGACAGGCAACGGUGUGAUGCACAACGGCACUACCGUCCUCGACGAGUACGGCCACAACCUCGACCGCCUCAAGGCGGGGGACACGGUGGGGGUGGUACGCAGGGACGACGGUACCCUCCACUUCUUCGUCAACGGGGCGGCGCAGGGACCCGCCGCCUGGAACGUGCCCCCCAACGUCUACGCCGUGGUGGACCUCUACGGCCAGGCCGCCCAGGCCACCAUCGUCGAGGACGGCGAGGUGACCUCGCUGGCGGGCGAUGGCUCGGAGGGGGACACCCCGGGGUCCCCCGAAAGUCCGUCCCCGGGGGGUUCCCCCAGUGACCUGCGGUUCCACCGCCUGCACGGCACCAACGCCGUCAUCACCAACGGCGGGCGCACCGCCCUGCGCCAGAACUGCCGCUCCGAGUUCAACGAUGCCAUCGUCAUCUCCAACCGGGCGCUGCGGGAUGGGGAACUCUUUGAGAUCGUCAUCCAGAAGAUGGUGGAUCGCUGGUCCGGCUCCAUCGAGGCGGGCGUCACCGCCAUCCGCCCCGAGGACUUGGAGUUCCCCAACACCAUGACGGACAUCGACUACGACACCUGGAUGCUGAGCGGGACGGCCAUCAUGCAGGACGGUAACACCAUGCGGAACAACUACGGCUGCGACCUGGACUCGUUGGGGACGGGUUCGCGCAUCGGGAUGAUGCGGACGGCGCGGGGCGACCUGCGUUACUUCAUCAACGGCGCCGACCAAGGCGUCGCCUGCUCGGGGCUGCCGGCGGAGGUGUACGCGGUGGUGGACCUCUACGGCCAGUGCGUCCAGGUGUCCCUCACCGGGGCCACCGGCCCGGCCGACAACAGCCUGACCACCAGCAGUGCCACCGAGAAGGCUUGUCCCCUCCCCUCCCCAGCCCCCGGCCCGUGCCAGCGUUUCCACGGCCGCUGCGGGCAGAACGUGGCGCUGGGGGCGGAGGGGCUGGGGGCCGCCCGGGUGGCCGGCUACUGCCACGGCCUCGUCUUCAGCCGCUCCCACCUCCGGCCCGGGGAGCUCUUCGAGGUGCGGAUCGAGGCGCUGGACGAGCGCUGGGCGGGUUCGGUGCGGCUGGGGCUGACGGCGUUGCCCCCCGGGCAGGGCCCCCCCGGCCCCCCCGCCCUGCCCGCCACCCUCCUGGACCUGCCCGCGCCCCCCACCUGGGUGGUGGCGGGGGCCGAGGUCCGGCGCAACGGGACCCUCACCCGCCACAACUACGGCGUCUCCCUCGACCGCCUGGCGGUUGGGAACCGGCUGGGGGUGCGGCGCGGCCCCGAUGACACGAUGCACAUCCUGGUGGACGGGGAGGACAUGGGCCCCGCCGCCACCGGCGUCGCCAAGGGCCCCCCCACAUUUUUGGGGUGCCACGGCAAGAACAUCCUGCUCUCCAACGGGAACCGCACGGCCACCCGCGUCUCCAGUUACAACCAGGGACUGGUGCUGGUGGGACAGCCCCUCCCCCCCGGCCGCCUCUUCCAGGUGCAGAUCGACGCCCUGAACCCGCAGUGGAGCUCCUCGCUGGCCCUGGGGGUGACGGGGGCCCCCCCCGGGCGCGGCCCCCUCCCCGCCUGCGCCGCCGGCCUCAAGCGCUCGGCGUGGCUGCUCCAGCGCCGCAGCGUCUUCCACAACGCCCGCAAGAUCUGCGAGAACUACGGCCCCAACCUGGACGCGCUGCCGGCGGGGACGCUGCUGGGGCUGCUGGUGGACGGGGGGGGGGCGCUCCACCUCUACGUCAACGGCUGCGACCAGGGGGUGGCGGCGGGGGGGGUCCCGGCCCCCUGCUACGUCCUGCUCGACCUCUACGGCCAGUGCCAGCAGGUGACAAUCGUGUCAGAGACGCCGGACGGGGGGGGCCCCAGCGGGGACCCCCGGACGCGGGGGGAUGUGGAGAAGGCCGACGUGGUGGAUGGGAUCAAGGAGAGCCUGUGCUGGGCCCCCCCCCCUGGCCGGGCCCCCCUCAAGCCCUGCGAGUACCAAGCUCUCUGCGCCCGCUUCAAGGACCUCCUGCUGCUGCCCGAUGAAUAUUUCACCCCCGAGCCCCGGCGCAGUCUCUGCUUUUGCGAGUCCUGCCAGCAGCUCCGGGGGGAGGAGGGGUGCCGGCGGGGGGAGGGUCCCCGCGACCCCCCCGUCCCCCUUGGCUGGUGUCGCUUCAGCCUCCGGACGAAGCCGCGGCUGGAGGCGGGGGGCGCGUGGCAGAAGUGGCCGACGGCGUACCACGGCACCAGCGCCGGCGCUGUCCGCCGUCUGCUCGACCAGGGCGAGCUGCUGCCAGGCCCCUGGUCCAUCCUGAGCGGCACGGCCAAGGCGGAGCCCUCGGGCGGAGCCCUGCGGGGUAACCCCGCCCCCGGGGCGGGGCCUCAGCCCUCAGCCCCGCCCCGCCUCGUCCUCUCCCCCGCCCUGCGCUACGCCGCCCUCGAGCCCUUCGCCACCAAAGUGCACUUCCGGGACCCGGGCUCUCAGCGGGCGCACGGGGCGCAGGUGGCCUUGGAGGUGUGCGUGCGGCCGGGCUCCUUCCGCGCCGGCCCCCCCUCCCUGCGCCCCCCCCGAGGGGCUGGACCCCGCCGAGCUCGAGUGGGUCACCAAGGAGCCGGGGGCCACCGUCCUCUGCGGGCUGCUGGUCCGCGUCGACUGACGGGGGGGGGGGACGGACACCCACCCCCCGCCCCCCUUCCCGGGGCUGGGGAUGCCCCCUAGAUGGGGACACCCCCCCAUAGGGAUGGGGAACCCCCCCCGAGAAGGUGGGGACCCCCCCCAGGGAUGGGGACCCCCCCCAAGGACAGGGACCCCCCCCCAGGGAUGGGGAACAUCCUCCUCCAUUCCCAGGGAUGGGCAACCCCCCCUUAGUUGGGGACCCCCCCCCGAGAUGGGGAGACCCCCCCCCACCAAGGCGAUGGGGAACCCCCUAGAUGGGGGAAGCCCCCCCUUAGUUGGGGACCCUCCCAAGAAGAUGGGGACCCCCCCCUCUAAGUGGGGACCACCCCAGGGAUAAGGAACCCUAAUGGGGAUGGGGAACCCCCCCCAAGAGGAUGGGGAAACCCCCCAGGGAUGGGACCCCCCCUUAAGUGGGGACCCCCCAAGGACAGGGACACACCCCCACCCCCAUGAAGGAGACCCCCCCCCAUGGGGGCAGGG